AUUAACGUCUUUCAAGCUGUACGGAAUGCGGACGAAUCGCUAUUUUAAAACAACACAGUGCGAUUCGAGCAAGGAAACCUGCAGACGAAGAAGAAGAGAAGGAGAAGAAGAAGAAGAAGAGACUCUCUCGCGCGCUUUCCGUUCUCGCUCAAUCGGCCUCUCACCAGAUAUAUCUGACGUGAGAUGUCGGGAACAAGUUCAACUGACGAUAAGAAGUCUACCAAAUCCAGUUCCGCUGUGACUCUAUCUGGACAAGGAAAUGCUGCCCCUCUAGACGGACCUGGAUUGGAAAAUCCUUUUGAUUUCUCAGCAUUGUCUGGCCUCCUUAAUGAUCCAAGCAUUAAAGAUCUAGCUGAACAGAUAGCAAGAGAUCCUUCAUUCAAUGACAUGGCAGAAAACCUUCAAAAGACCUUUCAGGGUGCAGCUUCUGAAGGCGGGAUUCCACACUUUGAUCCCCAGCAGUAUUAUGCAACAAUGGAGCAAGUUAUGCAAAAUCCAGAGUUUAUGACAAUGACUGAGCGACUUGGAAAUGCAUUGGUGCAGGAUCCAAGAAUGUCCAAUAUGCUUGAAAGGUUUUCAAAUCCUGCUCAGGGUGUCCAAUUUGAAGAACAAAUUGCACACGCCAAAGAAGAUCCAUCUUUGAAGACGAUCCUGGAAGAGAUAGAACGCGGGGGUCCGGCUGCAAUGAUGAGGUAUUGGAAUGAUAAGGAUGUUCUAAAGAAAUUGGGUGAAGCAAUGGGCUUUGCUGAUGCUGAGGAAACAAGUAUUUCAGGCAAAAAUGUCCCAGACAAAACUGAAGAAGUGAAUGAGGAAGAUGAAUUGACCGUUCAUAACUACGCCAGUGUUGGGGAUGUGGAUGAGGAAGAUGAAUUGACCGUUCAUAACUACGCCAGUGUUGGGGAUGUGGAGGGUUUGAAGAAAGCACUCGCUGCUGGUGGUGACAGAGAUGAAGCAGAUUCAGAGGGAAGGUCAGCACUGCAUUUUGCCUGUGGAUACGGGGAGGAGGAGUGUGUUCGGAUUCUUCUAGAGGUGGGGGCGAAAGUGGAUGCGUUGGACAAGAAUAAGAAUACGGCUCUCCACUACGCUGCCGGAUAUGGAAGGAAGGAGUGUGUUGUGCUUCUGCUGGAGUACGGCGCUGCUGUCACUCUUCGAAACAUGGACGGGAAGACACCCAUGGAUGUCGCCAUACUGAAUGACCAAAUAGACGUCCUAAAGCUUCUGGAGAAGGAUGCUUUUCUGUAAACAAACACAACACCAAUAUUGGCCCUUUCUUGUGCACUUCUGUUGUGACUGGUGAGAGUAUCACAGAUAUGUUAAUGUCAAUAUUUCAUAGAAAAACAAAGUGUUAAACUCAGCCAUUAAAGCUCUGAUGCAUCAUGGAUAUGUUUGGUUCAAGGAAUUUGGAAUGAAAAAAAAUGAAAAUGAUUUUCUCAUAUUUGGUUUCCUCAUUUUGUCUUCUCAAUUUUUUUUCUUUCCACUUUUUCUUUCUUUUUGUCUCUAACCAAACAAGAAAAAAUUGUUUUCCACCUC